UUACCAGAACUAGAAGUGGUAACUGAGUAUAAUAACGUGCAACGGAUUCAAAUGUAUUCAGAUGUAAUCUCGCCAAUAUUUUCGUGCGUCUAGUUGGCUCUUUACUGAAUUAGCGUUACGGAUUAUUCAGUGGCGUGUGGUGACAUUUUCGGAAGAGGAAGAGAUUCAAUAAGGGUUUAACAAAAAAAAAAAAAAAUAAAUAACCAAGUCUGAGAGACAUGCACACGCCUUGAGAAUGAGAUUCGGGUGAUACAAAUUCAUUGAGGAUUUACUCUUAUAAGCGGGCGUCACUCCAUCCCGCCCCAAUGCUUCAUACUAUCCACUUCCCCUCCGAUAGCACUCUGAUGCGCUAUAUGGGCUCUCUAUCAGCAAAUUGCUUAUUAUGUGGGAGUCCUGGAUACAAGGACUCACAAACGAAAUCCUACCCCGAUCAAUGCAGGUUAGUUGACAUGAUAGAAAUAGUUUUGAUUGUGACCGCCUUGGCGGUUCUAAUGUAUUAUGUGGGAUACAAACCUAUGCAGUAUUGGAAGGAUCGAGGAAUAAAACAAGGGAAACCAGCCUGGUUUUUUGGCGAUAACCUCGGUAUGACAUUAAAAACGGAAAGUUUUGCUGAUAUGGUAGUCAAAGUAUAUAACGCAGUACCAGGAGUACGAUAUUCUGGAGCAUACCAAUUUACUGCACCAACUCUCGUUAUAAAAGAUCUAGAAUUGAUCAAGCAGACCGGCGUCAAAGACUUUGAUCACUUUACCGACCACAGAACAGUCAUAUCUGAAGAUGCUGAUCCACUAUGGGCAAAAAAUCUGUUUGCCUUAACAGGACAAAAAUGGCGGGACAUGAGGCCAAUUCUAAGCCCAUCUUUUACCAGCAGCAAAAUGAGAGCGAUGUUCGUUUUGAUAUCCGAAACAGCACAAGCUUUGACCCAACACUUUUUAGAACUCGAUCAAGAUGUUAUCGAGAUCGAAAUGAAAGACACGUUUACGCGUUUUACCAAUGACGUUAUUGCUACAACCGCUUUUGGUAUUAAAGUUGAUUCUAUGAAGAAUAAAGAAAACGAAUUUUUUGUCAUGGGUAAAGAUAUCACCAGCUUCAAGGGAUUUUGGAAAAAUCUUAAGUUUUUGGGUAUAAUAUUUUUUCCAAGAUUGUUUGGAUAUUUAAAGCUUGGUAUGUUCACUCGACGUGUCAGAAAGUUUUUCACUGAUCUUAUUGAUCAUACAAUCAAAGUGAGAGAAGAAAAGGGAAUAGUACGUCCAGAUAUGAUCCAUCUUUUAAUGGAAGCAAGAAAAGGAGUUCAUCAACAUGAAGAAAAAGUUAUAGAUACAGGAUUCGCAGUUGUCGAAGAGGCAGAUUUAGGUAAAGGAGUCAUCAAAGAGAUGACCAAUUUGGACAUCGCUGCUCAGGCGAUGAUCUUCUUCUUCGCUGGUUUUGAUUCGGUAUCUUCGUUAAUGUGUUUCAUAUCCUAUGAGUUGGCAAUCAAUCCUGAGAUUCAGAACAGGCUUAGAACAGAAAUAGAGGAUAUAGUGGAGCAGUAUAAUGGCAAUGUACCAUAUGAAGCGAUAUUAAAAAUGAGAUAUUUAGAUAUGGUGGUGUCAGAGGGGCUUCGAAAAUGGCCACCAGCUGUAGCAGUAGACAGAGUUUGCACCAAACCAUACACGAUUCAACCUACCUCUCCAGGUGAGAAACCUGUCUACUUGAAGAAAGACACGAUAAUAUGGUACCCAAUCUUUGCUAUGCACCGUGAUCCUCAGUACUAUCCAGACCCUGAGAAGUUUGACCCUGAAAGAUUUAGCGAUGAAAACAAAACCAAGAUUCAACCUUACUCUUACAUUCCUUUCGGGGUUGGUCCAAGGAACUGUAUCGGAUCUAGAUUUGCACUUUUGGAGACUAAAGUCGUGUUGUUUCAUUUAUUGGCUAACUAUGAGCUUGAACCUUCGGCGAAAACAAUAAUACCAGUGAAAAUUUGCAAGCAGCAAUUCAAUUUGGCUGCGGAAGGGGGCUUUUGGUUCAAUAUGAAGCGUAUAAGGAAAUAAGGUGGAAUUAAAAUGACGACUUUUAUAUUAAAUUUUUAUGUUUGAUUUAAAUUUUAAACUCUGAUUUUAGAUGUAGGUAUGUUAUUUUGAAAUAUAAAUGUUUAGUUUUUAAUUUUUAGUUUGGUUAUUGUUAUUUUAAAAUAUAGUUUUAUAUAGUUUUAGUUUAUGUUAUUUUAAAAUAUAAAUGUUUAGUUUUUUAA